AUGGACUCCCCCCCGAAAAGAAUGACGCGAGCUCGAGCAGCCGCCAAAGCAAGCGACGCCGCUGCCAAGUCGACCAAAAUCGUCACAGCAGCUGCCAAAGCUCGAUCACUUUCCAAAGCAACAGCAAGCACCAAAAGUACGGCCGCAAAAAGGAAGACUAGGGCUGAUGAGAAUGACGAUGGCGACGACACGCUCAGAGUGUCUGCCGCCAGAAGGACCACAAGGACCGGACCCAGAAAGGCCCCUGGCAACGAAGAAAGCAACACUGUAGCCGUUAUGGGCCCUUCAUCGAACACAUCCACGUGUAGAGGAGGCGCCAAGAAGCUCGCGGCAGAUUCAUCAAAUGACAAUGCUGGCUCAUCCCGACUCCGCGGCCGCGCAAGAAAGGCCCCUCUUCAAGAGCCAGAGCCAAUAGCAAAAAGACCGACGCGUACUCGUGCUGGAAACGACACCAAAGAAGCUCAAGAAGAAGCUAAAACCACUAUGAAGAAAUCUGUAAAAUUCCAAGGAGCGGGAAAGGAAAACCUCGGUCUUGCAUCAAAGGCGAAGGGUGCGGGAAGCAUGGGAGGCCUGCGAGGCCGACCUGCGAGGCGUGGAGCUGCCACAAUGCCAAAGCCGCAGCCAAAAACCUCUCAGGAUUCUGACACGGGCCCCAAGAAGCCACUGAGUCCUAAGAAAGUUACCCAAAUGCCUAUUUCGCGAGACGAAGAGUGUUCAGAUGAUGAGCUGGCUGGAGGCGAUGAGAUCAAACCUUCAAUCAAAACUUCCGUCAAGCUAUCGGCAUACGCGCCUAUCAACCAGAAGUCACUUAACGCCACAUCUAGUCAACAAGAGGACAAUGCAAUGACAGAUGUGGAAGAGCUCGUUGCGCCUCCCGAAACAACUACUUUAACAUCACCGCCAAGACGACCACCCACAUCCCCUACAAAGGAGUCAUUGACGUCGCCGGCAAAGAGACCAUGUGGCAAAGUCCAAUUACCCGGAUCCCUUCUGAAACCCCGGGCCCUUCCUUCGGAGGACCAACACAAUCAGUCUUCUCUUCUUUAUUCCCCUGCCAAGAGACCUCCGUCACCGAUAAAGGGCUCAAAAUUUCCGCCAAUGACGGCUGGGACGCCGCUUCAUGGUCAGCCGCCGCUCAAAAGCUCACUGCUUCAAUCUCCAGCUAAGCGGGCCAUGCCCGGUUUCAGGCCGGUGACGGAGGAAUUAAAUGGCAAGAAUGCCAUAUUAACCAGGACCCCCAGAAUGCAGCCAAUCGUUGUUUCAUGUUCGAGUGUCAGUACUAGUGGCUUGCCUUCUCAGCUGCUCCUCGCUGAAGAAUUUCAUGAUGGCGAGACUGGCGACAUCGGCGACGACCCUUUCACUAGCCUGGCCGACAGCCCUCGCUUUCCAGGUCGAAUGUCUGCCGUCUUGCCACGCCAUGCUGACCCUCUAAUAAAUGCAGAUGAUAUAGAGGAUGAAGAAGAAGAUGAAAAAGUCUACCCCAUCGGCCGCUCUGCCCCCGAAGAGAUGGCAGAGGCCGACAGCUAUGAAUAUAUUCGCAACGGCCAGGUGGUUACAGAACUAUUUGAAACUGAUAGAGAAAUCUGCGAAGACGGCGCCAUGGUUCUGGGAGAAGAAACAGAUGGACACAUCGGGAAGCCUGAGAUUCAGAUAAGCAACGCUGCAAUUACAGCAACCCCAGCGACAAAGCGAGGUGCAAGGUUUCAGCUUCGGGGUAGUGUUCUUGAUGCGUGCCGCGACUUUGCAUCUGAUUUUGAGUCUGAGGACGAUUUGUCUCCUCUGAAGCAGCUCCCAGCACAUCAUAGUCGUUUGGAUCGUAGGUCCACGAAUGGGAGAGACAUGACUCAUGCGGCUCCAAGGGACUCACGGAGAUCUACCCUUGGUUUAACGUCCUUAACUGAGAAAUUCGGGGCUUGGGCAUCGGCUAGUCCUACCAAGAUGACCAAGGAUCAAUCCUCUGUUGUUGGAGGCACCCACGACGGCAAUAUCACUUCGUCUACUGCAGUUCUAGAGAUGACAUUGCAAUCAGAGGCUUCGCCUAUGAAGAACAGCUUUUUUGAAGAUGAAAUUCUCGUUCACGCUGAUUUAGAAUCUCCCCGUCAGCAUACUGAGUCGGAGAUCGGACAGAGGACAAAUGACGACGCUGUUACUAUGGAGGACAUUGCUAUGACAAAUGAGGAUAUUGCUCUUGCUGCAGAAGCUAAUAAUAUGCAACUCAUGCCCCAGAAUGUGGAUGAUGACCGCGAAACCCAACAUACGGAGGAAGCUCUCUCGGAAGCUAGCCAGGAAUACGGCGAUGAGAACCAGCUCCCUGAGGACACGGUUCUUCCUUCUGCAAGAUAUGUUACGCCCGUCACACCUACUCGACCGUCACAGCAGAAAAAGCCUUACUUUACAACCACCAAAGUCCCACUGAAGCCAGCAGAUGAUUCGGAACCAAGCCCAUCUAAAAAAAGGAGUUUCAGUGCAAAAAGUGUAGGGCAUUUGCCCCGAAGCGCCACAGUCAUCUCAUACUCACCGACAAAAGGGAAAAAGCGCGCGUCCAUACUUCCUGCCUAUGACCCAUUCUCCACUCCCGCCAAAGGAGAUCUGUGGUCAAGCGUCGGCACGCCUGGGAAAACCCCUUGUCGAGAUAUCAACCCAGGACUGCUUCGUGGUGCUGUGGUGUUUGUCGAUGUGCAUACUACGGAAGGUGCGGACGCCAGCGGCAUUUUCGUCGAGCUCUUGAACCAAAUGGGCGCCAAAUGUGUCAAGACUUGGAAUUGGAACCCCAGCGGCUCUCUCACUAGCGAAGGCGCGUUAUCGAGCAAAGUUGGGAUUACCCACGUCGUGUUCAAGGAUGGCGGUAAACGCACUAUGGAGAAAGUUCGGGAAAGCAAUGGAGUUGUCCACUGCGUCGGCGUCAGCUGGGUUCUAGACUGCGAACGUGAGAAUGAAUGGCUCGAGGAAUCCCCUUAUUACAUUGACACGACUUUCAUACCCCGUGGAGGCGCUAGGCGUCGUAAAAGCAUGGAACCCAAGGCGAUUGCAAAUCUCAAUGGUACGAUUAUAUCUGGUACUAAUAACCCAUCCAAGACCCCAAAUACGCCUAGAAAUCGAAGAGAGAGCACUAUGUGGAUGCACACACCAUCUGAUCAGGGGGACCUAGAUGAUGAGGACCUCGAAUGGUCAUGUGCAUUGCUCACUCCAGUUCCGAAGACUCCAGCGCCCGAGGCAAUUGCAAAGUACGCGGCAGAACUGCCGGAAACACCAACUUCAGAAGACUUAUCAGGCAUCAUGUCGCCGUCGAAGCAGAGCUUUUUAACAAGAACUUGUCCUCCGAAAGAAAGCAAAUAUCGCGAAUUAGGAAAGGGAGUUUUGAGCCGCGAGAAAGAUGAACAGGUCAUGCUAAGACUCAUGGCAGCAAGACGCAAAAGUCUUCAGUUCGCGCCCAAGGUUGGCAGCCCACUAGCUAAAACCUGGGAGUAA